UAAGAAAACUGUUGGGUCCUUGGUCAGAUAUUUUUUCGGUCGUAAACUUAUAGCGACGUUUUUCUUCUCAGGAUUUGAAAUUAUUUAUGGACCCAGAUGGCAUGAUUCUGUUACUGGGUCUCCAAAUUCCAGUAGAGGAGAUGCUCAAGAACCCGCUAUAGAUAGAUAAUCGUGAUGAGUGUGUUGGCUCAGCCGUGUAAAAAAACGUCAUGCAUCCUCUUUUAUCGACAGGAUGCAUUCAAUAGAAACAAUCUGCGUUUCACAUUAAAUCUAUGCACCGUGCUUGGGCUGCAUGGUGCGCAUACAGUCGUGGAUCAGGCCACAUACGCAGCCCAGUGACCGAAAAAUAAAAAGCUGCUCCGCACAAGCAAAAAGCCAUCGCAUCAUCAGAGACGAGCAUCUGGACGGUUCAGCACAGAAGGGUGGAGUAAAGAGCCAGAGCAGCUCCGGGCUGUUGUCGAGCGUCUCAUUUGCGCAGAUGCACAGAUUCCCCCAGCUCCGUGAAAACGGACCGAGCUGCAGCAUUAACACAAGAGAAGGUACAGGCUCUUUUUUUAAUUAUUUGAUUGCAUCACUGUCUCCUGCUGCUGCUCUGGAUACAUUCUGAGCAAAGAAACCGAUAGCGGACGAGACGCGCAAUUACGCAAUGAGUGGCGAGCGCUUCUAGGGAGACAAGAAAAGGGAGAGACGGUGGGGGACGGUUGGGGGAUGCUGUAGCCGCCCUCGCGGUCUCCAGAUCUGAGGUCGGUUAUGGUGGGACGUGGAAUCUGGGUUUGUAGAGCCCGGCUCGGGAAACGAGGGAGCCGGCUCGGGGUUCUGCCCUUUCUGUGCGCUGCGGCGGCGUGCGCGGCGCUGGUGGCCCUGCUCUUCGUGGACCUCAUCGAGUCAUGGGUCACCUCUAGGAACAUGAACACCGUGGUGGAGCCGCACGCCGGCAUCAUCCCCCUGCAGAGCGUCCCCCCCGCCCGACCCGAGGAGUUCCUGCUCAUGCCCAGCCCGCUCGUGUGCCAGCGUGCCAAGCCUUACCUCAUCACCAUGGUCACGACGGCUCCCGCCGACCAGAGGGCCCGCCAAGCCAUCCGGGACACCUGGGGAGGGGAGGUGGAGGUGAGGGGCCUGCGGGUCAUGACCCUCUUCAUGGUGGGCGUUGCGUCUGGCCCAGGACUGGCCAAGCUGCUGAUAGAGGAGGCCAGGGAGCGAGGGGAUCUGGUCCAGGGCCGGUUUUUGGACACCUACUCCAACCUCACCCUGAAGACCCUGUCCAUGCUGAGCUGGGCCCGCAGAUUCUGCCCUCAGGCCCACUUCAUGGCCAAAGUGGACGAUGAUGUCCUCUUCAAUCCCAGCGCCCUCCUGCACUUCCUGAACAAGAGCCGUAACCCCUAUGAACAAGGAGACCUGUACCUUGGCAGGGUGCAUCUCCAUGUGGCGCCAGACCGUGAUCCAGACAGCAAGCACUACCUCCCUUCAGGUGCCUAUCCUCCCUCUGUCUUCCCAGACUAUUGCAGUGGUACGGCCUACGUUCUGUCCCGCUCUGCAUUGCUCAAAAUCUCCAUGGCAGCCUCUGCUUCACCUUUAUCCACACCUCUGCCCCCUGAGGAUGUGUUUGUGGGUCUAUGUGCCCGGACUGCUGGCGUGCUACCCUCACAUUGCCCUCUCUUCUCUGGUGGUCCAGGCGUUCCCUAUGGGCGCUGCUGUUACCAGGCCAUGGUGUCCAUCCACCACAUCCCACCCAGGGAGAUGCUGCACUUCUGGGCCGGCGUUCACUUAUCUCCUCCCUGCUCUUGGCUGAGUCUUCGUGCUUCACUGGGGGUGUGCAAGGUCAGGGCGAUGCUGGGGUCGGCUCUGGGGCUGGAGCAGGGGUUGUGAGGGGUACCCGGGCAGGAGAACAGGAACCAGGUGGGCUGUGCCUCGCUUCCAUGCUGUGAACAGCACAAGUGCUCUUCAUAUUGUGAGGCUGCUCUAUGUGUGCACUGAGAAAAGGGAAGUUUAUUUUUAUAGCUUUAUUUUUUUAAACACUAUUUAACAGGCUUUUUUUUUUCUUUUGCAAAAAAGUGACUAUCAGCUGAAAGUGUGAAGAAUCUCAUCUUAAAAAACUUCCCUAGACUGUUACAGCUUCCGCCAUUAUAACAUUGACACAUACUGUAGAUGUAGAACAAACAACUAUGGCAUGCUGAUAGUGUAUAGCCAGGAAGUAAGUACUUCUAUUGCCAUGUAAGGGACGAAAUCUAUAAGCUGCUGCUGUUAUAUAUGUAGUUUACCACCACUUAAAUUGUACAUGAUUAUAGUCAUGUAGUCUAUUAAGAUGCUUAAAUGCAUGUCUCCAAAAAACAGUGCAAUUGGACUCACAAAAUGCAUAUGUAGGCAGUACAUGUAUGUAGGAUGUAACGAUAAAAAAAGAGACAUUAUCUUCAAAAAGAAUCACCUCUGUAUAUGAAAUUACUAUUUUGCCAUCUAGUAAUAAGGACAUGGUGGCACGUGCAUCCACGGGUCAUUGAUUGUUCUGUUGGAGACAUUUUGCCUCAGUUUUGCUGCUGCAUCAAGAACAACAGUGAAGAGGAUGUGAUACACGUCUACUCAACGCUAUUUCAGUAUUUUGAUCCUCUUUCCUGCAACAGUGAGAUCAACCAUGAAGUCAAGUGUGAAUGAGAGUUUUGUGCUGAUGGGUCUAGACUGGGGUUUAGACUCUGCUAGUAGUCGGUGUAAGAUGAUGGUCAUUUUUAAAGUUUGCAAAAUGUUACAGAUCAAGUGUCAGGCUGGCUUGUUCCUUCGGUAAACAUGGAGGUCAGUGUGUUUACACUCAGGAAAUAUACUGUGAUAUAAAUCUGGGGAUACAAGAGGCUGGAAACAACAAAGUUAUCUACGUGUAUUUAAUAAGGGGCUUUCUGCAGAAAGGAUCAACACAGGGAAACCACAAGGGUCUCAGAGUGAGGAUGAAGAACAGUCAAAAACACAGAUCUUAUAUAGUAGGAUUUAGGGCUGUCCUUCUGAACCAAUCCAGGAAGGAUACAUGGGUGGGGGAAGGAGAGGAAUCUAAACAUUAGCAGCUGAUUCACAUGUGUUUCCUUAGGUGAUAAGAAGACAUCCACUCCUUCCUUUGAUGGGUAAUUAAGUAACAAAUGGUCUCAACGUAUUUCAACACUAACAGUGCCGAGCAUAAAACAGCUCAAGUCUUAAACAUUUGGUGUAUGUAAAUACAAGUCAUAAAAGUCUCUUACAAGGCUGCAGAAACUUACUAUCCAAAUACAAAAUAGUUUGUUACGCAUGUUUAGUUAAUUUUUCUACUACAAUACGUACAAAUCCAUUACUGUCUCAAAUAAACCUCUGUAUCCGAACUUAGUGUUGCCUGGUUUCUUUUUCAGGCAAACACACAUAAUACAUUGUGCUUUUUCAAAGGGUUUCACUAUGACAAAGAAACCUACCGGAGCACAAACAGUUUCAAUCUGAUUUGGUUAUGAAACUAAUGUCGAGCUUGAGGCAUCAUCAGUUCCCACCUUGACUUGUUUGUCUAUUGUAUUCCUUUUCAUGGGAAUCUGUGAGUCGCAUAACAAACAGCUACUACACGUGUCUGUGAUUGAUCUUUUCGAGUUCACUGCCAUAUGACCUGAAAACGUGAGAAGAGAAACCUGGAGUGAAGGAGCCUCAUACAUGCAAAAUGCUUCUAAUCGACCGAAUACCGGCGGUGAGGUAAAACCAGUCUCCCAGCCACGUCCGAUGUGGUAUGAGGAACUUUUUAACACAUCCUGAAAGAUCAAACCUCAUCUGAUAAUGUAAAAGACAAGUGGAAACUUUUGUUAGACGAAGAUGAUGCAGGUUUAAGACUCCUUCAUCAACUGGUUUCAAGAGUUUGUGUUGCUUCCAUCAGUUAUUUAUAUUGAGUUUAUUUACAUUGUAUGGAUUAUCUGUUUUUUGUCAUGCACGGACUGCUGGCUGCACAGCAGCGGGAAUAAAAGAAUGAUUUUUUUUUCUUGACCAUGUCAAAUAACACAGGAUCCAAAGGCUUGGCAGUAUGUUGUUUAUUUUUAGGACAUCAAUAUAAAACAUUUGACAUAUGCUCCGCCAGUAUUGUUAAAAAAUUAGUGAACAAUCCAUCAGAUGAGAAGAAAAAAAAGCUAUAACUCAUCACAAAUUCUAGGAAACACAUACGCCAGCCGUGGCACCGCACUCAUCUACCCAUGUAGACAGGAAUUGUUUCAGGCUACAUUGAAUAGAGCUGCCCUUCCACUACACUGAUUUAAGAUGAACUGUUACCCAUCAGAAUGUCCUCAGUAGUAGACAAUAUCCACAAUUUCUGCCACUUGUGUUUUGUUGGAGAAAUGUGUCCAAAAAUGAGUCCUUUAUAUGAA